GAGGUUGGGCACUUCCUUGCCUCCUGUAAUGCGGCUGGCUCCGGGCUGCAGUGGGGCUGGGUCCCUGCCAAGGACUGCUUUGUCCUCCCAUCCUCCUGCCUGGGUCAGGGAGGGCCGGCUGGGCUGAGGCUGCGGUGGGCAGGAGGGACUGCCGUCUGCCUCGAGGUGCCCUCCUCCUGGAUCUCACCCCGGGGGUCACACCUUAGCACUGCACCAAGUCUGGAUGGUUGUCACACUGGAGCAGGGGAUGAGGCCAGGGGAUGGAGCAGAUCAAAGGAAGGGGCAGGGCUAUGAGACCACGGCUCUGGGCAGGUGAGGCCUGAAUGUGGAGCUGAGGGGACGUCUGGAUGGAGGAAGAGGAGGACAAAGGCCUAGCCCUGGGGCAGCCCCCUCACUCGCUCAUCCACACUCACGAGCGCCUGCUCUGUUCCGGGCACCCUUCCAGGCAUGGGUGGGCAGGACAUCAGACAGGCCCCUCUGCCUUCAGCCAGAGUGUCAGGAGCUGUGGGGUGUGCUGGCGGGCACCCUGGAUGUGGGGCACGAGGGAAAGAGGGACCCCAGUCAGAGACUCAAGGAGGAUUUACGUGGGAGGUUUCAGGGUCACAGUGCAGGUGUGGAUGGACAAUAGGACGAGGACUGGGCCCCCCAAAUGUGAGAUCGGGAGGGGGGAGCCCCGAGGAGCUGCAAAAGAGCGGGAGACCCCAGGAGGCGCGGGAGGCCUCCAUGGGUGGCUGAGAGACGGGGCUGGAGGCGGGACAGGGACAGUGUUGUGGGGUGAAUGUGGCUGGGAAGCGACUGACUUGCUCUCGCCUGCCUGGAUGGGCCAGAGAAGAUGGACGGAGGGUCUGUGCAGCACUGGGCCCAGCAGCGUCACCAGACUCUGCAGGGCGACACAACCUACCUGGAGAGCAGGCACCCCGAUGUCAUCUCCACUUUACAGAGGAGGACGUGAGUACAGAAAGGUCAGGUGACACCCUUCCCACCCCCGGGCUCAGCGCCAACACCUGAGCCUGCGGCUCCUCAAGGAAGACCUGGCCUUCGGGCGGACAGGAGGGGCACGGGGUGCAGGGUGGGGGGACUCCAGCAGGAGACAAGGACCA